CCACCACGUGCACACAGAUAAUUCCAGUAUUUAUUUUUGUGCCAGCCUUGCUCUUGCAAUUAAAGAGUCUGGCUGGACUUUUGAUCAGAAAUGAGACCCAAGCAGGAAGGAAGGAAGUCCAAAAGUUGCAUCCCAAAGACAUUGUGUCCACCUCUAAAGGACGGCUCUACCACAACACUCGUGAGUCCUGCAGAACCAGCCUAGAACGUUACACCUGGUCAGAUUAAAACUAUACACGUUCGUUGCCCAAAGAAUUGAGAGAAAAUCCCUGAUGUCAAUAUUCUGCUGGAAGAUAUUGGCCUGAAAGAUGAAGAGCACAAAAAGUGUAGAGCGUGCCACGGUUGGGGAAGUUGCUUGUGAUAUCUGCACUGAACCGAAGCUGAAGGCUGAGAAGUCCUGCCUUGUGUGUCUCGCCUCAUAUUGUGCACCCCACUUGGAGAAUCAUUAUUCGGCUAAAAGACUCAAGGGCCACAAGCUGGUGGAACCGGUGAAGAACUUGGACGCACGGGCCUGCCUGACUCAUGGACGCUCACUGGAGCUGUACAGCAGAAAGCAGCAGAAAUGCAUCUGUGUUCGUUGUAUCGAAGGAGGUCAAGAGGAAGUUGUCUCGACGGAAGAGGAAUGUCAAAUGAAGAAGGCUGAACUUGAGUGGACCAAGACGACAUUACAGCAAAGAGUCGUGAUGAGAAAAACAAAGAUGGUGGAGAUCAGCGGGGCUCUGAAGAGUUGCAAGGAGCAGCUUGAGUGGUGGGACAUUGACGCAGUGUUCGCUGCUGUGAUUGCCAUUGUGGAGGCUGCCAAUACAAGAGUAGUGAAACCGCUACGAGACAGGAGGCAGGCGCUUGAAAAAGAAGCGAAAGACCUCAAAGACGAAUUGGGAGCUGAGAUUGACAGACUUGAGAUGACAAUCGCUGAACUGGACAACAUAUCUGCGCUUGAGGAUCACAUCCAUUUCCUUCAGAGGUACCCGUCAAUUUCCAUCCGGGAUGAUAUGAAAAACUGGAAUGAUGUAAAACUUGACACUUCACUGGCUUUUGGUUCCGUGAGAGGAAUCACAACAACCAUGAUUAACGAAAUUCAGCAGGAGCUAGAGAAGCUGGUCACCACUGAACUGAAGAGACUCCAAAGGUUCACAGUGGACAUAAAGCUGGACCCAGAGACUGCAAACCGACGUCUCGUACUUUCACCUGAUGGAAAGGAAGUGCAAGACGGAGGAGAAAACCAGGAAGUGGCUGAUUCACCGAAGAGGUUUGAUGUGUUUGGUAGCGUCCUGGGACUCAACAGCUUGACUACUGGGAAGGCUUACUGGGAGGUGGAGGUCAACAACAAGAGCGGAUGGGAUCUAGGUGUAGCCAGAGGCAGUGCCGACCAUAAAGGGAAACUGACGCUGAGCCCAGAUAAUGGUUACUGGGUUCUGGUACAUUAUGAAGCGGAGAACUACGCCGCCAUGACAGCACCACCCACCCGUGUCUCCCUUGAAAGGAAACCCAGUAAGGUGGGGGUGUUUGUGGACCAGGAGGAAGGUUUGGUCUCGUUUUACGAUGUGACAGCUCGGUCCCAUAUUUACUCCUUCACUGAGUGUUCAUUCAGAGAUGAGAUCUACCCGUAUUUCAGCCCACACUAUAAACAGGGUGAGAUGAACUCUGAAGCUUUGGUUAUUUCUUCUGGUCACCAUUCAGAAACUGAUUAAUGGACUCAAUUGUCAGGUCAGCUAACUUGCUUUCACAUCAUGUUCACCUCACCAACUCAGGUCAAUUCUCCAUUAUCAUUAUGGACAUUUUCCACUAAGGUAACUCCUUAAUACAACAAUGUAUUACCUUUCACAGACUACUUCAACACAAGUAUUUUCCCCUCAUUUACUGGUGAAAAUGUAAAAUUGAAGUAAAGAAUAAAAAUUACAUUUAUGACGCAUUAUUCCAAAUGUUCCCCCCCCAUUUUCAUUCAUGACUAUUUGCAGUGUAUUCACAUAACAAUGGAUGGAUGUAAUGUUGCAGAAAAAAAAUGCUGAAAUUUUAAAAUAGUUUUAAAAAAUAAAAACAUAUAUAUGUAUGUAUGUAUAGCUUUGUAUCCUUACAUAUUGUCAUCUUCCUAAGAUAAUCCCUACUCAUUUUUUUUUUGCCAAAGGUGAUUCUGACCAUAGAAAAAAAAAAAAAAAAAAAAAAGUUUUGUUUUAGGAAAGUGAAGAUAAGGUACAUUAAUGUUAAAUGGGGGUAAAAAGAAUAUUCAGUUUUUGUUUGAGCACUUUUGCUACAACAUAUUAGCAUCAUCUUGGUUGUUAACGAAAAAGAUU